CCAGUGGGAAAAUUUGCAUCUUUAUCAUAACAAAUGAAAAUCAAGACUCGUGACAAAAAAAAAAAUGGCGUCCAUUGAGGAAUUGCUAGCGGAGAAUCAAAAAUUAUCAGAGGAAUUAGAGAGUCUAAAAAUGUCAAUGAAAGCGGAAUUGGAUAUUAAAGUUAAAAAAGAGGAAGUAAGUGACGAGGACGCGGAGAAAAUGAAUGACGAAAAAAAAAUGGAGUUCAAUAUUAAAGUUGAAAACAAAAAAGUAAAUGACGAGGACGAGGAGAAAAUAAAUGAAAAAUCGGAAGAUGAAAAUAAAAAUGUACAACCAUUUGUUGGGACAAGACCAAGUUUUCAAGAAGGGUUAGUAAGGAAAAGGACAAAAUCAAGUGGAAAAAGUCGCCGUAGAUGGUACGAGAGAAGGAACCAGAUGAAUGAGAUGCGCGGAGGAUACAAUGGACGUGGAGGAUAUAGAGGAAAUAGAGGAUAUGGAGAAAAUUGGAGACGUGGACGACAAUUUUAUUGUAGUUUUCUAACCAUCAAUAUGUCUUAAUUUGAACUACAUCAAGUAAAAAAUCAAAUGUUUCAAUUAAAUUAAUAAAUUAAUUGUUCUAAUUAUAACUCACUAUUUUAGUUUACUUGGUUCAAUAAAAUAAAUUCAUUAAUAAAUA